AUGUCAAACCGCAAGGCCUUGAACUUACUUUUCAUUCUUCCCACUACCAUCGACUCUUUUCUCCCCCUUCUUCGAAGAUCCACAAGACCCCGCCUGAUCCUAGUGAGCUCAUCCAACGGCUCGCUCGCAUACAACUCGGACCCCAACUGCCCACACGGCAGGACGUAUGCGAGCGUGUACCGGAUUACUAAGGCCGCGCGGAAUAUGCUGCUGGUGCAGUACCAUGCGAGUCUAAAGGAUGUUACCGUUCUAGGUGUGGAACCGGGGUUCUGUGCGACGGAGGUGAUUGGGGGUGCGGAUGCGUUAAGGAGGGGCGUCGGAGCCUGA